CUUCCGGUUUCUUCCUAAUAUGGAAGUUUCCGGAGUAUCCACGGGUAACACAGUAGUUUACAAUAUGUCGGCCGUGUCAGAACUUUAAACCUAUAGAUUUUGUGAUAAUCACUCAGAACUUUCGCGUUACAGUUUAUAAAAAAGUGAAAAUGGCCACAGCAAUAGUUGAGGGUCCAGUCUUAGCCGACUCAAACUUUAAAACGCGUCCACCAUUCCAAUCGUAUAUACAAGUGGACUCAAACGCAGGAGGCAAUGCUGUAAAGCAGAUCGUAGACCAUAGGCGGAUCCGACAGAUGAAAUUUCCCACCCUCACAGGGAGGGCCGACGUCGAUUCUUUUAAUAAUUUCCCUGCAAAGGAUAUCGGAUUCAGACGAUGGAACGACGAGGGCGAUUUUCGAGCUAACGCCCCCUACAGGGAUUAUGACAACAUUGUUGACCCCGUGUCGGGUUUUGUAUCGGCUGGAGGGGAUGUUGACAGAGUCACGGGACAUAAGAAGAUUAAGCCCUUGGCUCAGCUGAACGAUGUCCCACAGUGUGCUACACCGCAAACUAAAAAUUCUGAUAGGAAAUUUUUUGAGAAGGCGCCUCCGGAAUUGAGACGAUCCAACACCUAUGAACCUGGUGCUCCCUCUUUCUGGAAUAGCAGGAAAACUUCUGACGAAUGGAUAAAAUCGCAACUGGGAGGUUGGACCAGUGAAUAUGACCCACGCAAGGAGGUCCCCGACACGUCGAAGUGGAGGUCAAAGUCUGCCUUUGUGCCCAAGCCUCCGUCUGAACAAAGUAAAGAUGGAAGAGACCACCUCGCCCUCAAGUUUAUGUAUGGAUCCUCCACACAAAAGUCGUAUGAGGAAGUACCCUGGGACAGCAUGCUUCCCGCGAAACAAUGGGCACCUGUGAGUACUCUGGAACAGAGACCGGAUAUGAUAUCGCAGACCUACACUCUGAAAAGAUACGACCCAGCGGCCCAGGAAUGGCAGGGUACUGGAAGAUCCUGGGAUUGGUUCCAAAGAAGGCGUGGUUAUUAUAAGGAUGGACCAAUUAAUUUUUCAAGUCCCUGUCCAAGAACACAACAUAUACCAUAUUACAGUGGCUGUGUAGGGGCUGACAAUUUAGACGAGAAAGACAAUGCAAAGGAACCUUUUAAUCCUUAUACAAUCAAGAGAGUGAACAUUCCUAGAUACAGCGAAACUGGACAUCGACCAAAUAUCCCUGGUUACCAAGGAUGCACCUUGUGGCAGGGCGUGUACGCUCCCGCUCAUUCGACCAAAGUAGUCAAUGCUCAGAGCACUACCUCCACCGUUCACAAGUCAAUGCCGAUAUCUCCCAAUAACUCUAAUCACAAGAGAGAUUCUCAAAUGUCGAAGAUGGUCACGACAGUGCCACCAUGUAAUCCAUUCAACCAAAUCAACAAGCUAGAGGAGGUACUAGAAAGCAAAGUCCAGUGAACCAUGGCUCUCAAAGGUCACCUGCUGUUCAGUAUUUUCUAAGAUGCUCAAUGUCUAACUUCAAUUUUGACACUUGGAUUGUGUAUAAACUUCUCUGCUGAAAUCCUUUCAAACCAAAGUUGGAAAAUUGGAAAUUGUGUAAAAGAUACAUAAUUAUGCUAGUUUUUCUUCCUCCGAACGUUUUGUUUCAGCUUUAUAAUAUGUAAUUUUUAAAUUUUGAAAGUUUUUUUUUUACUUCUUUCGUACUGAUGAAUCUUUGAAAUAUUUCAUCUACCUAAUUCAUCUCAUUGAAUGCUGACAAUAGGAUAUUUUGACGUCAUCUUAAAUUAUGAAAUAAAGUAAAGCGGGAUGUAUGUCGAAGUGCAACGCUCUAUCAGUAUUAUUCUAUUCUAACAUAUUUCUAGCUGUACAUGUGUACGCGGAUUUAAUAUUGUGACAAUUUAUUUUGUAUAAAUUUGUAAAUAUACUUUUUUUAAAGUGGUUUUUUUUUCAGAGUCUAUCAAUGUUGUAUAUCAUAGUUGUUGUCCUAGAGUCUUUUCUAAAUGCACAAUUCUUACUCGAUCAACAACUGAUUUUCUGGUUACUAGUGUGAUGCACGAUAAUUUUAUACAUGUGUUGUUAUUAUGACUGAGAUGUUGACAUAGUCCUAAAAUAUAUCAAUUUUUAAAUUAAGAUUCCUUUUGUGCCUGAAUUCUGUACAUGUGUAUAUUAUAAAUUAUGCAACCCUUCAUGGGUUUUAUUGAAUAGUAAUUACUGCAUUCCAGUUUCUUUUUCAUGAGAGUGAAAUAAAAUAUGAUAAUGAC